ACCACGUCCUUCUGCCCAGCCCUCGCCGCACCACACACAGCGCGGGCUUCUCGCGCUCGGCACCGGCGGGCCGGGCGCGUCCAGCCUUCAUUUAUCAAGCAGCUUUUCGGAAAAUGCAUUCGCUGUUCGGAGUUUAAUCAGAGGAGGAUUCCUGCCCCGGUCCCCGGCUCGUCGUCCACCGGCCCCCGGUCCCUGUCUCUCUCCCGUGGAGGCGUGAAGCGGUCCCGCGGACAGAGAUCCAUGUCUGUGCCCGCGCGUGUGUGUGCGCGUGUAAAUUGCCGAGAGGGGGAAAAUCACAGGACUUCUGCAAAUACUGGACUGAAAAUUGUAAUUCAUUUGCCGCCGCCGCUGCCUUUCUUUGCUCGUGCUCUUGAGAUCUCCGGUUGGGAUUCCUACGGAUUGACAUUUCUGUGAAGGAGAAGUCUGGGAAUCAAACUGGAAAUUCUCCUCAUUUUUACACCCUCCGCCCCCAACUCCUGAUUCAUUUGGAAGUUUCACAGCAGCUAUCACUGGAGAGUUCUGAAGAUUGAUGGAAUCUUUGCCUUAUGCAUUUGUUUUCACAGAAAAGGAAACUUGACAGAGGAUCAUGCUGUCCUGAAAAAAUACAACAUCACGGAGGAAGUAGACUGAUACUAACAAUAAUUAAUAAUGUGCCUCAUGAAAUAAAGAUCCGAAAGGAAUUUAAAUAAAAAUUUCCUGCAUCUCAUGCCAAGAGGGAAACACCAGAAUCAAGUGUUCCGCGUGACUGAAGACACCCCCUCAUCCAAGAAUGCAAAGCACAUCCAAUAAAAUAGCUGGAUUAUAACUAUUCUUCUCUCGUGCGGGGCCGUGGGGCGGGAAGCGUGGGCGAGAGGUGCUGUUGGUACCCGGCUGCUUUUCCGUGGCGGAAGGAUGGCGCACGCUGGGAGAACAGGGUAUGAUAACCGGGAGAUAGUGAUGAAGUACAUCCACUAUAAGCUGUCGCAGAGGGGCUACGAGUGGGAUGCCGGAGACGCGGGCGCCGCGUCCCCGGGGGCCGCCCCCGCGCCGGGCAUCUUCUCCCAGCCCGGGCGCACCCCAGCGCCAUCCAGGACCUCCCCGCCGCCGCCCCAGACCGCUCCCGCCGCCCCCGCCGGGGGGCCUGCGCUCAGCCCCGUGCCACCUGUGGUCCACCUGACCCUGCGCCAGGCCGGUGAUGAUUUUUCUCGUCGCUACCGGCGCGACUUCGCCGAGAUGUCCAGCCAGCUGCACCUGACGCCCUUCACCGCGAGGGGACGCUUUGCCACGGUGGUGGAGGAGCUCUUCAGGGAUGGAGUGAACUGGGGGAGGAUUGUGGCCUUCUUUGAGUUCGGUGGGGUCAUGUGUGUGGAGAGCGUCAACCGGGAGAUGUCCCCCCUGGUGGACAGCAUCGCCCUGUGGAUGACUGAGUACCUGAACCGACACCUGCACACCUGGAUCCAGGAUAACGGAGGCUGGGAUGCCUUUGUGGAGCUGUACGGUCCCAGCAUGCGGCCUCUGUUUGAUUUCUCCUGGCUGUCUCUGAAGGCACUGCUCAGUCUGGCCCUGGUGGGAGCUUGCGUCACCCUGGGUGCCUAUCUGGGCCAUAAGUGAAGUCCACAAGCCGGCCACACACACAUAUGCAAAAGGUUCACUAAAGCAGUAGAAAUAAUAUGCAUUGUCACUGAUGUACCAUGAAGCGAAGCUGUGGUCUCUUAAAAACAAAAACAAACCACCACCAACAACGAAAAAACAGCUUUCAGGCUCAACGUCGAAUCAGCUACUUACUGCCAAAGGGAAAUACAAUUUAUUUUUUACAUUAUU